AGGUAUGAUUGGUAUCAAACACAUACACAUGUUGUUGUUACCAUAUUGAUAAAAAAAGUAAAAGCAGAAGACACCAAAAUAGAUAUUACAGAAAAAAAUUUAAGUGUGCUAAUAAAGUUACCCUCUACCAGUAGUGAAUUUACAUUAGAUUUGGACUUGGCACAUCCUAUAUCUCCUGAACAAAGUUCUUAUAAAAUAAUGUCUACAAAGGUAGAAAUAAAGUUAAAGAAAGGGGAAGGAAUACAAUGGACUAAACUAGAAGAUGAUGGACAAAAAGACAGUAUAAAACAAUUCCAACCACCAAGUUACCCUUCAUCCAGUGUAGCUCACAAGAAAGAUUGGGAUAAGGUAUCACGAGAGGUAGCUGAAGAAGAGAAAAAUGAAAAGCCAGAAGGAGAUGCAGCAUUAAAUGCUUUAUUUCAACAAAUAUAUGCUGAUGGUUCAGAUGAAGUUAAAAAAGCAAUGAUGAAAUCUUUUAGUGAAUCAGGUGGAACUGUAUUAAGUACGAAUUGGAAUGAAAUCGGUGCUAAGAAAACAGAUGUCAAACCUCCAGAUGGAAUGGAAUAUAAACAGUGGUGA